AAAUAAAAUCUAUUAUUGUAAAAGAAAAUGAUCGUGGAUAUAUUUACAUUGAAGCAUUUAAGCCAAAUCAUAUUAAAGCAGCAUGUGAAGAUAUUCGUACAUUAAAUAUUCAAAAUCUUCAAAUAAUACCUAUUAAAGAAAGAUUCAUGAUAUGUGAAGGUGAACUAAUAAAUCUACAAGGUAUAAUUUUUGAUAUUAAUAGAGAUUCAAUAAGAGUUUUACCAAAACAUGAAGCAUUCAAAGAUGAAAUUCUACUCAAAGCCAAUGAAAUAAGAAAAUAUUUUUCAAUUGGAAAUCAUGUUAAAGUUUUAAAUGUAAGAUUUGAAGGUGCAACUGGAAUGAUUGUUGGAAUUGAUGGAAGAAAAGCUAUUGUUUUGAGUGAUGGAACUAAAGAUGAAGUUAAAACAUCUAAAAGUGUUAAUUCAACUGGACAAUUUCAACUUAAAUAUUUAGUUAAUAUACCUGGUUUAUUUGUAUCUAAAGCAAGAAAUUUAUUAUUAACUAGUGGUCAAUCAAAAGUUUCUUCAUCAUUACAUUUAAAUAAUCCAGUAUCAUAUGAUCGACGAACAUCUAAUUCAACUGAAGGAAUAAAAAUACCAUUUUCAACAUUAGAUAAUAUUCGUCGUGAUACAAAUUUAAUUGGACAAACAGUUAGAAUUUCACAAGGACCUUAUAAAGGUCAUGUUGGAAUUGUUAAAGAUGCAACAGUAUCAACAUUUAAAAAUGAACUUCAUACCAAAUGUCAAACAGUUACUGUUGAUAGAAAUCAAAUUAUACCAACAAUUUUUGUUUUCUUAUCUCAAUAA